CCUGCGGACCGUGACAGUAGCCUAUCCAGAGAAUCUGCAACACUUCACAUCUUGUGUUGAUUGUGCUGCUCUAGCUCGAAUCACGUUCUCUAAUUUAUUUCCCGUCGAAACUGUCAACCACCGAGUCUCUUGAAUCUUUUGGCCUUCGACUUACCUCGCCCUACUUGCCGUAGCGAAUAUUUAUUUUUGUGUCAUCAUGCUUUCUAUUUCGGCUCAGCCUCAUACCCAGAAACCAACAUGUCUCGAUUACAAGGAAAUGCACUCCGCGACAAUCUCAUGCCUCGAUUUUCUAGACGAAGAUCGAUGCAUCAUCACCUGCUCUGAAGAUGGUUCCAUCCGAGUUCGGAAGGUGGAUACAGGUAAAUUUGUGGGUGACCCUUGGGUAGAUAUAGGAAGCGGGGCUAUCCACGCCAUGGCAGUAUCACCAGAUUACUCGCAGGUCGUAACUGGCAGCCAAGAUGGCAGGAUACGCCUGUGGACUGUGGCCACCGGGAAAAUGGCCGGAAGAUGGAAGCAAGCUCACAGCCUCACGAUAUUGUCUGUCUGCUGGAGUCCGGAUGGGUUGCACGUCGCCAGCGGGUCUGAAGACGGAACUGCGAUCAUCUGGGAUACCAAGCAGGGCGAUAUUAUGGGACGUCCUAUCAGAACUAACCACCGACAUGUGUACGCAGUACGCUAUUCACCUGACGGUGCGAUGCUCUUGACGAGCGGAUACAACAACACAAUCACUUUUUGGGAUGUCAGGAAAAGAGUGGCGCUCAGCUUUGUAGAAGCAUGCCAUUUAUCUCAGCAGGUGCAUUGCAUCACGUGGACUUCAUAUGAUAGAAUUUUCCUCGGAUGUAGUAAUGAAAUCGUGCAGGCGACAGCUAAUACCCAAGGGAAAGUCGCCCGUUUAGGCAGAAGUACCGGUCCUAUCUGCGCCAUUGCCUUAUCUCAAGACGGGCUUUUCUUGGCCGCCGCUUCUCUCGAUAAUACCAUCUCCCUAUGGAAUCCAACAACCAACAAGUCGAUCGGUCGGCCUUUGGGUCAUCCUAAUGGCUUGAGGUGCGCGGCUCUCGCAAGAAACAGCAGACUGCUCGCCACCAGUGGUGUCAACAGGAAUGUGUAUAUCUGGGAUCUUCAGGUAAGCUGUCAAGUUACAAUAUCCCCCAAUGCGAUCAUUGGCGCACUCAUGUUCAUCACUUGUUGCAUGUAGGGCGUAUCGCAAAGACCAUGGUAUAAGCGUUGCAUAGCGCGGUGGAGUUCGUUAUUCAGAACUGUUGGCCAAGUCGUUGGAAAGGCAUUUAGUCGUCUGAAACCAUUUCCGCGCACGCCUGCCGCUGGAGUGAGGCAUGGUGCGCGAGAAGACUCUUUGCAGGCCCGUCAAAGUAGUCCGCUUGGAAAACAGGAAAGUGCAGUGCACCAGCCUGUCAGGGUAAAAGACAAUGUUUGGUUUCGUUUUUGGCUGCGGGUUGGCUGUUUGUCUUCCGCCGGGAUGGACGAUUAGAUAUUUUCGCUUU